UCGCCCCCGGCCCCGUCCGCGGCGGGUCCCGCCCGGGGAGGCGGCGGCGGCGGGGGAAGGGGGAGGAGAGGCGGCGGAGUGCAUUGCUUCCCGAGGAAUCAAACGGGGGGAGACAGAGAGAGAAGAACGUGUGGAGGAAGGGAGGGAAGGACGGGCCGGGCUGGGCUGGGGAGGGUCCCGGUGCCGGUCCCGCCCGCCUCGAAGCGCCCGCGUCGCCUCCCCGCCGGGACCGCGGGGAGAGUGGCUUGGGGCGGCCGCCACCCGCCGGCCCGCGCCCCGCUCCGCGCCCAUGUGCUCCCGGCAGCCGCGGCGGGCGGCCCCCGCGCCCGGCGUGUGUCAGGACCUUUGACUUCAUGAUGGGAGGAAACAUCCCCCUGACUGUUAGAAUCCGAGCUUUUCCCAGCACGAGGAUUUGUCAAGGCUGAGAGACUCUGGAUUAUCCAUAAACCUCCUCUAAAAUACACAGCUGCUUUUCUGUUUCCCCAUCGCGGGGUGUCUUGGAGCAGAUACAAAGAUGGCCUCCAGCCUCACCUGUGCCGGCAUCAUCUGGGCCUUCCUCUCAUUCCUCUGCGCCGCUGCCUCCUGCGUGGGUUUCUUCAUGCCCUACUGGCUCUUGGGGUCUCAGCUGGAGAAGUCGGUUUCCUUUGGCACUUUCCGGAGGUGUUCCUACCCGGUGCGGGACGAGAGCCGCCAGACGACCGUGAUGGUAGAGCAAUGUGGCCGCUACGCCUCCUUCCAGGCCAUCCCGAGUGCCGAGUGGAGGAUCUGCACGGUGGUGACAGGCCUGGGCUGUGGGCUGCUCCUCUUGGUGGCCCUGACGGCGCUCAUGGGCUGCUGCGUGUCCGAGCUAAUCUCCCGGACUGUGGGCAGGGUGGCAGGAGGCAUCCAGUUCCUGGGGGGUUUGUUGAUCGGCUCUGGUUGUGCCCUCUAUCCUCUUGGCUGGGACAGUGAAGAAGUCAGACAAACCUGUGGUAACCUUUCCAACCAGUUUGAACUGGGGACCUGCCACAUCGGCUGGGCCUACUACUGCACGGGCGGGGGCGCAGCGGCGGCCAUGCUGGUGUGCACCUGGCUGGCCUGCUUCUCGGGCAAGAAGCAGAAGCAAUACCCGUACUGAGCCGGCCCCGGGGUGCGGGCGCUGCCAGGCACCCGAGACGCUUGCCGACAUCUUCUGGAUAAUGACGAUGAACAAGAAAUUUUUAAGUGCUUUCUCUCUGGAGCAGGUUUGGGUUGGACAGCGGUGCCCCAAAGAGGGUAGAGGGGUAAAUGGUGGUGCAAAAACACCUGGCUGGACUGGGCAGGGAUGGCCUUUCUCACCUAAGCCCAGCUGUGGUCUGCUCCACAAAAAUAUAAGCAAGGAAAAAUCGGCUUUGGCAAAUGGUGAAAUUCUGUGUGCACCGAUUAAUUGAGAGGUUGGUGAGGGGACAGCGGUGCUGGGGGGCUGGGAUAGCACCUGGCAGCCCCUCGGCACGGUGCUCCCAAAAGCACAUAUGCACGCACAGAUGUUGACCAUGGCACAAAAUGAGCAGAGAGGAAACUUUUUUUGGUGCGAUUCUUCUUUCUUUUCCUUUUUUCUUUUACUUCUCUCUGGUGGUUUAAAAUUCAGUGUUGCAACACUUUUUAAUCUAUACAUUAAACUUAAUAAAAGGACCAAUAAGCCACUUUAUCAGUAUUUUGUAUAUUCUCUACACAUUUUUCUUCCCCAAACAUUUAGCCACUGCUUAUUCAGCCCUAUAUGACUUUUAUUAAGCCUCUGUGUUUUCAGCAUUAUUACAAAAUCGCAACAUAAUUACUUGGCAUAUGUAGCCUUUCCCUAUAGUACUUUUAUGAAGUGCAGUAAAUGGACGUUUUUCUGUCCAUUGGAAAUUCCACUCAUGGUACUGUAGAGUUCUGUUGGUUACGUACGACUAACAGGAAACUUCUUCCAGACAUAGAUUUCUGUUGCUGUUAUGUUUAGCUCAUUGAUGUUGUAUUGUGCUGUACCAUGUUUAUUAUUUCAAUAUUCAUUUUUGUAAAAAAUAUAUAUAUAAUAUGUGCUAUUUUAUGUUUGUAUUUGAAAAAUCUCUGUAAAUAAAUUUUUCCUUGAUCAAUA